AUAACACCUACCGUCUACAGUUUUAAGUAUACCGGUUCCCUUACCGGCUCGACAAUUGAGCUGGUUUUGUCACAGGUGAAGCGUCUAUGUGGUGAUAAGAUAAUUGAAAUUGAACCGGUUCGCGCAUAUACAAAAUAUAUUCCAAUUGAUGCAAAAAAUAUAACAGCCUUUGGUCAAGGACAUCGUUUUCUAUAUUUACAAACUGGCCAAAUGUACGAUGAAAGUGCUAACUAUUUCGGGAUGCAUGUUAAAGGUGCCUGGGACAAAGGAUACAAUGGUAGUGGUGUUACGAUUGCUGUUAUUGAUAUAGGGAUAAUUGCGGACAUCAAUGACAUCCGAAAAAAUCUGAAUAUGGAUUUGGCCUAUAACUUCAUUGAUAAAACAACGAAUGUGACUCCUGGGGAAAUUUCUAUGAAUUACAGAGCUGAAUCAAUGCGUUUGCUGAGUCAUGGGAUUAAAUGUACCAGCAUAAUAGUCGCACAGAAAGGAAACGGAUUGUGUAAUGCUGGGAUUGCUUUUGAAGGAAAAGCAGUUCCGUUGAAAGUAUUUUGGUUGUUGCAUGAGUAUGAUGUUUUCAAAGUACACACAACAGACGAUAUCAUUGCCGCUGCGCUAACUCACGGUCUUGAAGACAUUGACAUCUACUCAAACAGCUGGUCAUCGCCGCCGACAAAAUUCAGUCCACUUGGUUUAGGAAUGAGAGAAGCCAUUUUAUACGGAGUAAACAAUGGAAGGAAGAACCUUGGAUCAAUAUUUGUUUUUCCGGAUGGGUCGGACGGAAUAACAGGAAACGGGGCUGCAAACAGUAUACACACCAUUGCAGUAAACAAUGUGGGUGUUGGAGGAAGAUUGCUAAAGAAUCAUGAAGUUAGUGCAUGUGUGAUAACAUCAGGACUCGGUAAUGGGAACAGACUUCAUACACAUUUUAUGAUGACAUCAUCAUACAACAAUGCAUGUGUUGAAUCAUUCAAGGGUGUUUCCGCGGCUGUUGCAGAAGUUUCUGCUAUUAUAGCUCUAGUCCUACAAGCAAGGCCAGAUUUAACUUACCGGGAUGUUCAACACGUACUAGCAGAAGCGUCAGAGAGGGAAGGACUGGCAGAAACAAGCGCUUUUUCAACAAAUGCUGCUGGAAAGUAUUUCCAUCCAGUCUUUGGCUUCGGAUUGUUGAACGCAGACAAGGCGGUAACGAUCGCGAAAUCAUGGCGUCACGUUGGGACGAUGUUCAGUGAUAGUUUAGACCACGUUAAAAAACAUACAUUUCAAAGUCACCACCGAUACUCCAUUACAAUGAUGACGAUAAUAACAUUCAACAUGGAGGAAGAUCCGUGUCGUCACCAUGUGAAUACAAUAGAGCACGUGGUCUUACAAAUACCACAUGAUGUCAUCAAUCAGAGAGGUGUUAGCAUUGAAAUUGUUUCACCAAGCAUGACACCAUCUAUUGUUUUAGAUACAAAAGAUGGUAAAAAUAUUGACCAGGAUACUUCACCUAGACGUUUAGCUAGUGUUCAUUUCCUGGGAGAAUCUCCUAUUGGGUAUUGGAUGGUUAGGAUACAAUUCAAAAACCAACUAGUUGAAAUUCCCUUGGAAUCAGUGUCUUUAACUGUAUAUGGAACUUACGACGAAUCGAAAAGAAAUCAUUCUAAGACAUGUUCGCCUCCACCAGAAAAGCCACCCACUCCUAUUUAUAAAGAAAACGCCACUAAGAAAAAACACGAAACUACCAACCACCACAGAAACACACCGGAAACUGAUCAUACAGCUCCGGUGAAAAACUCCGCGUCACCGCACGUACAGUCUCAACUUUUCAUCUUGUACUUUGUCGGACUUUUUAUCGUCAACCGUAUUUUACAAUAUAUGUGUAUUUCAUGAUAUUAGACAUUAGUUUGCUGUUUGUCAUUUCAAAUGAAUGUUCUUGACGGGUGUGUUAACCGAGAGAUGCAAUAAAAACAAAUACAUGUAUUUAAAGUUGAAAAUUAAGGUUCGGUUAAGUUGAUGCUAUUGAAGAGAAGAGACGAAAGGUUGCGCAAAAGAAGCGUGGGUUCAAUUUUUUAACAUUAAUAAGUGCCACAAACAGUCUGGUAACAAUUCCUGCUUCAAAUAUGAAAUGUCAGAUAAGACAAUGAAAAAUCCAAACAUCAAACGAAGCUUGCAUGUCUUACAAGGAUAAGAUGUUUUAAAGUUAAUGUCAUUCCAUUUAAAGUGGAUCCAAGAACAUGAAAGUAAAAUGUACAAGAUAGGGUUGAAUAUGACAUAACAAACAUUAUAUUGAUUUUUAAUGGGUUAAAUGUUUGCAGUAUCUUACCACUGUGAUACAUAUACUCGUAUAUGUCUCAUAUUAAAUGAUAUUACACAGUGGCAUUACUCAUAUCACCUGGUAUUAUAUACAUAAGUUAAUCAAAAACAUAUGAAUAACUAUAACUGGAGUUCAACAUUGUGAUAUAUUUUUGCUCAUUACCUUGUAUUAUGCUGUCCUAUUUUGUCAUUAUAUUAUCAUCCUUUUUAUGUUCUAAAUGUGAACUUGUUUUUAUCUUGUAUAUGUGCUGUUGAUAUGUCAUUCUCGGCUCAUAUUAUUUCUGGUAUAUUUCGUAUAGUUAAAUGACAUAUUGCAUACUACUGCUUAAUAUAAUUUUUUAUAAAGAUAUAAGAUUGUUUUAUUUCAUAAUUUCUGUGUGUUUUUAUUAACCAUUUUGAAUAUACUUUUAUCUAAAACAAAAGUUUUAUGCCCUUUCCUGUAAAUUUACUUUAACUGUUUUAGAAUUUCAAAAUAAGACAAUUACUUAGUCUUCCAGUAACAAUCGCUUAUCUUCAGCCGUUGAGUUUUCAAGUGUUACCAAAGUCAAAUUUAGUAAUUAAUGUGCUCUUAGUCAAUGUAAAGUUGUUUUCAUUCUUAUCAUUGUUUAAAUAGUCAUUCAUGUAAGGAUACAUUUUUGUGAUUGACAAUAAUUAAGGUGCCAAAAUUUUGUUGAUAAUGCUCACAUAUUUUCAUAUUUUAGGGAAAGAUGGCAGGAUCCAUCAGGUGCAAAGAAAUAUGUAGUUUUUUAAGUUUAAAUCACUCCAAAAGUCUCAUUUUAUUGUAUAAAUGUUUUGAGGGGUGGUUUUCUUACUAUAAGUGGGGAAAAGUAUAUACUUCUAGGUGGGUAAUUAGGCUAAAAUGGCCUACUUAAGUAAAAAUCACUUUUAAAUGGUAAAUAAUUUUUGAUGUAAAUUUAUGAAACUAAUAUAUGUUGUUAAGUUAUGACUGAUAUAGAUGGCUAUAUAAUUGAAAUGUAGAUUUUGGUAUUACCAAAUUGAUACUAAUUGAAUAAUUAUGCUAUCUUGCCAUUCCAAAGUAUUCCAUGGUAAAUGAGUACUAACUUAUUUUCUGAUUCAUGCCUGACAUUUUACUACUUGUACAUUGUAAAUUAGAUUAGAAACUAGCAAAAGAAUAAAUUGCCAAGAAUCUAAAUUAUGUCAUCCACGUUUUUCCUCGUAUCGGUUCAGGUCUAAACUUUCAAAUGAAUAAUUACUCAUUUUCUUUAUCAGCCUACAUGUCAUUGAAUUAUUUGUCUUUGGAAUUUAUGUCCUAAUAUAAUAUAAAGUUUUAUUUCAAACUUCACAACAAAAAAUAACCAACAAAGUUCGAAAUAUGUAAAAUAUAUGAGCCAAAAUAUUAUUGUUGAAAGACUUUAUAAUUAAAAUAUUAUAAGUCUAAACA